AUGACUAUUUUAAAAAUUAUCUGUCCUGCUCUAGGAGGGUUUAUAAUAGAUCAUGUUUAAUAUACUUUAAAUAUCUUUUUUAUUAGUUUAUUUUUAACAAUAUUUUCAUACAUAUACUUUUUAGGAUAUUGUUGGAAAUUGAUAUAAGACUAUUUGUAUUUUGCAAUAGGAUUUUAGAUAUUGGCAUAACAAUUACAAACUAUAAUAAUAUAGACUAUGGUUUCUAAGCAUUUUCCUGAAGAUCAAAUUCCUAGAUAAUUAGCUUUAUUUUAUUAAUAUGGAUAUGCUGGAAGGCUUCUAUGUGCCAUCAUAACUUUGAUAAUAUAUUAUCGAUUGGAGAAGUUAAAUACUGUUUCCAUAAUAACUGGUGAGAUCUCAACAAUAGUAAUGUCAUCGAUACCUUUAGUAAUUCUUUUAAGUCUCACAAUUUGUUUUUAACGUUCUUUUAAGACUUUUAAAGUUGAUGCAUUUUAAAAAAUACCAGAAUUGCAAUUAAUUCCAAUACAAUCUAAAGGAAAUUUAUUGUAAGCUUUGAAAGAAAUUUUAAAUACAGAUAGAGCAGUAAUAGCAAUAGCAGCAGGAUCUAUAAUGAGUAUUAUAUAGAUUUGGUAAUCAUAUGAUGUAACUUCAUUAUAUCAUAAUUUUAAAAAUGAAAUAGAUGAAUAGUUUAUUGAUUCUAAGAAUGGAUAUAUAAUUUUAGGAUUUAUAAUUUAAGAAGCACCAAUUAUUAUUUGUAAAUAAAUGUCUUUGAUUUCGUAGCUAUAAUAUUUGCAAGAUAUAUUGCCAAAAACAUUUAGUAAUAGGAUAAUGCAUUAAAAUAUUUGACAGAUAAAACAGCAGAUUCUUUGAUGUAUUUUUUAUUAAGUACUCUUUAAUUCACUUGUAGAAAUAGUCUUUUAGGUUUAAGGAUGUUCUUCUUUAUUAUCACUUUAAUUAUGUAAUAAUUCAUUUUCACAGUUGUUUAAGUAAUAAGAUUAUACAAAAUUAUAGAUAUCAAGUGCAAGUUUGAUUGGUAUUCAGAAAUAAAACUUUAGAACUUAAGGAUUGUCAUUUGGUUUAAUUUAAAUGUUCAUCAAUAUAUUUAAUAUUUGGGUUAUUAGUGUUUUGAGUUAAUUGCCUAAUAUAAAUUGUAAUAAUAGAUUUUAAGGAUAGCAACUGUAAAAUUGACAAUAAUUUAUGGAUUUGCCUUUUGUUAUUCUAUAAUUGGUAUAGUCUUAAGUAAAAUGUUAUAAUUUGUUAAACAAUUCAAUGAAGCAAUGAAAGAAGGGAAAUAGAAUUAUCAAAGGUAACUUUUUUUAAAAUGA